AUGACUGAAUCAUUAUUUGACACCAAUUUCACGUCUGAAAAUGAGCCAAAACCAUCGACGGUCCCCACAUCUGGUGCUGCUGCCGCCGCUGCAGCUGCUCCAGCAGGAGCAGCAGCUGCUGAUCAAGCUUCAACUGCAGCCACCGCCACCAAAGACAACAAUAACGGCAACGACACUGACAACAGCAACGCCAAUGUCUCAUCAGACAGCACCGCCGCUCAGUCAGCCGCCGGUGCUGGUGGUGCUGACCAAGAAGAGUCCCAUGCAGAUAGCAACGGGUAUGAUCAUUCUACUUCCUUGCCAUCAUUGGACGACAAGUCCAACACGGACGUGUUGAUAAAUUACCGUGUCUUGGUGUCGGCCAAGGAAGCAGGCUGCUUGAUUGGCCAAAACGGUGGAGUGAUUGACUCCAUCAGAAACGAAACCAACACCAAGGCGGGCAUUUCAAGGUUGACCCCAGGAACUCACGAAAGAAUCUUGACUGUUUCGGGGAAAUUGGACGAUAGUGCCAAGGCGCUUAGCUAUUUCGCUCAGGCCCUUUGCAAUGCACCAAUUGAAGUCUACAACUACUUCCCACUCAAGCAAUUGAGCUCGACUCCGUGUGUAGAAGGUGAAACCACCAUUUUGAGAUUGUUGAUCCCCAAUAGCCAAAUGGGGACCUUGAUUGGAUCCAAGGGCGCCAGAAUCCAACAGAUUCAACAAAACUUUGGUGUUUCCAUGAUUGCUUCCAAAUCGUUUUUGCCCGGAUCAAACGAGAGAUUGGUGGAGUUGCAAGGUACCGUCGAUGACUUGUACGAUUGCUUGAGAGUGAUUUCCAGAUGCUUAAUGGAAGACUUCAGCUCCAGCGUUGGCACGACUUACUAUAUUCCUAGAAGCCAUCAAUUAACCCGCAAGUCGACUGCCACUAUAAGUUUCCCUAACGACAUGGUUGGUGCUUUGAUUGGUAAAAACGGCAGCAGAAUCCAAGGGGUAAGGAAAGUCAGCGGUGCCAUGAUUGGCAUAAGUGAAGCUACCGACGGCUCCGACGAAAGAGUAUUCACGAUUACGGGAACCCAGCAAGCUGUUGAAAAAGCCAAGGGGUUAUUAUAUCAUAACAUGGAAAGAGAAGAGCAAAGAAGAGCCGAAGCUAGCGAGUAA